AUGACUCAGACGACCAUUGUGCCGUCCCUGGAGACGGCCAGGGAGGUGAUCAACAACUCCAGAAACGCGCAAUAUCCCCCAAAUCUGCUCCCCUUGACGGCCAGCAUACCUGCGGACCUGUUGACGCCGACAUUGGCGUAUUUGAAGAUUGCUGAGAAGUCGAAGUUAUCGUUCCUCUACGAGAGUGCGGCUACGACGGAGACGAUUGGGAGGUAUAGUUUUGUUGGUGCCGACCCCUACAAAGUUCUCAAGACAGGGCCCGGCCAUGGUCCGGCCUGCGAUCCUCUCCCCGUUCUUGAGAGGGAGAUCUCCCGGUUCCGUGUUGCGACAGUGCCCGGGUUGACCUUACCGCCGCUGACUGGAGGCGCCAUCGGUUAUGUGGGCUACGACUGUGUUCGAUACUUCGAGCCCAAGACGGCGCGGCCGCUCAAGGACGUGCUGGGGAUCCCCGAGUCGCUGUUCAUGAUGUUCAAUACCAUCGUUGCGUUUGAUCAUUUCUUCCAGGUCAUCAAGGUCGUCACAUACAUUCCCAUCCCGAGCGACGAUGCGGAGCUCGAGGCGGAGUACCGGAAAGGGCAGGAGGUGCUUCAGCAGACCAUCGCCACGCUGUUACGGCCGGAAUGCCCGCUUCCCCCUCAGGAUCCCAUCAUCCCCAACCAGGAAUACACAUCCAAUAUCGGCCGGGAAGGGUACGAGCGCCAUGUGACCAGACUCAAGGAACACAUCUCUAAGGGAGACAUCUUCCAGACCGUGCCGUCGCAGCGUCUGUCCCGCCCUACCUCCUUGCAUCCCUUCAACCUCUUCCGUCAUCUGCGCACAGUCAACCCCUCCCCUUACCUCUUCUACAUCGACUGCGAAGAAUUCCAGCUCGUCGGUGCCAGUCCGGAGCUUCUCGCCAAGGAGGAGAAAGGCCGGAUCAUCACUCACCCUAUCGCCGGCACCGUAAAACGCGGCAAGACCCCCGAGGAGGACGACGCCCUCGCCGAUGAGUUGCGCGGCAGCUUGAAAGACCGCGCCGAGCACGUCAUGCUGGUUGAUCUGGCGCGCAACGACGUCAACCGGGUGUGCGAUCCCACCACGACGCAGGUGGACCGGUUGAUGGUGGUGGAGAAGUUCUCGCACGUCCAGCAUCUGGUGUCGCAGGUAUCGGGCAUUCUCCGCCCGGACAAGACGCGGUUCGAUGCCUUCCGGUCCAUCUUCCCUGCAGGCACCGUGUCGGGCGCUCCCAAGGUGCGGGCGAUGCAGCUGAUCGCGGAGCUGGAAGGCGAGAAGCGCGGAGUCUACGCGGGGGCGGUCGGUUACUUUGGCUUCAACAUCUCGAGCGCGGACGGAGCGGCAGAGCUGCCUGGUGCGAUGGACACGUGCAUUGCGCUCCGGACGAUGCUCGUCAAGGAUGGAGUGGCCUAUCUGCAGGCAGGCGGCGGCAUUGUGUUCGACUCGGAUCCGUACGAUGAGUAUGUGGAGACAUUGAACAAGCUGGGGGCCAACAUCCAGUGCAUCAAGGGCGCGGAGGAAAAAUAUCUGAGCAUGGAGCAGGCAUAG